AUGGCCAGAGAGAGUCCAGGGUCGUGGUUUGUGCUCUGGGUCUGUUUGGUGCUAGCGGCGGACUUUGGUGAGGGGCAGGAAGAAAAACCCUUUGGUGAAACAUGCCUGGAAGACUAUACAGCAGGGAUGCCAGAUUUGGUGCUGGACACAGACGCCUCCGUCCAGAACGGAGCCACCUUCUUGUCGUCCCCCAUGGUCCAGCGCAGCAGGGACUGCAUGAGGGCCUGCUGUAAGGACCCCUCGUGUAACCUGGCUCUCGUGGAGCAGGUCCCAGGCGCAGAGGAAGACCACAUCCAGGGCUGCUUUCUCCUCAACUGCCUCUACGAGCAGGCUUUCGUCUGCAGGUUUGCCAGGAAGACCGGCUUUCUCAACUUCCUGAGGAAGGACGUGUAUGAUGCCUACCUGGCAAUGCGGGAUCACGGAUCUAGUGAUGACCAUCCUCCAAUAGCCCGCACUGGCAUGGACAUGAGGGUACAGCCGGGGGAGCCAGUGAUGCUGAGAGGCACAGAGAGCACAGAUGACCAAGGCAUAGUCAGCUAUGAAUGGAAACAGGUCCUUGGAGACCCCUCCGUGAAGAUGAAGAAGCACGAAGAAGAUCAGGUAGAAAUCUCCAACCUAAAGGCGGGGACUUACGUCUUCCAGCUUACUGUCACAGACACUGCACAACAACAAGACUUCACCAACAUCACCAUCAUGGUGCUGAAUUCUGAGCAGACUGAAGAGCAUUGUUUGACUCCUAAGAAGGUGGGUUGGUGUCGGGGAUCUUUUCCACGUUGGUUUUACAACCCAAGCCUUCAGCAGUGUGAGGAGUUCAUCUUUGGUGGCUGCAAGCCCAACAAGAAUAACUAUUUAUGGGAAGAGGAAUGUGAACUUGCCUGCAAGAAUGUUAGAGGUUCUGUUGGUGGGCGACAACCGCCAGUGUGCAAUGGGAACUGUCAGUCCCCCUUCUUCAGAUGCAAUGAUGGCUGCUGCAUUGAUGCCUACCUGGAGUGUGAUGAGACCCCCGACUGUGCUGAUGGAUCAGACGAGAUGUAUUGUGAACAAUAUGCUCGUGAGUUCAAUAGACUGCAGAAAAUCAACAUCACACGUAAGCAGAGUCACUGUGUGGACUUGCCUGAUACUGGACAGUGCACCGAGAGCAUCCCCCGCUGGUACUAUAACCCAUUUUCUGAGAAAUGUGACCCCUUCACCUAUGGGGGCUGUGGUGGCAACAACAACAACUUUGAAGAAGAGGAAGAGUGCCUGAAAUCGUGUUCAGGCGUCACAAAAGCAGAUGCCAUUGGUCGGAGAUGGGAAUCGUUUGAGUCCCAAACAGCUAUGUUAAGUCCCUUUGAGGUGGUGAUUGCCGUGCUCCUUGUGGUCUGCAUCAUGGUGGUCCUGGUGAUCAUCGGCUACUUCUUCCUGAAGAACCGGGAGAAGAGCCGCCGCCGCCGCCGCCAGCCGCCCACUGCUACCAAUUCAACUGUCUCCACCACAGAGGACACUGAGCAUCUGUUUUACAGCAGUGCCACCAAGCCAGUCUGA